AUGUUGAGAACUUUAUACCAAGUUCGUCAAAAUCUUCCUCGUUCCAUCCAACGGUCAUCGACAAGAGAAUUGCCGAAUUUCAAGUCUUUAGUUACGGAUAUGACAAAGAUGAAUACGAGGACGAGUUCGGAGACAAACUGUACAAAAUGGUUUGAAUGUUAUACGACAACACAAUUUGAAUUCGACUUUCUCGAAUUCAACGCAGCAACCAUUCAUAUCAUUGCUCUUUACCUUUCCGAAGAACAACAAGACCUCGCAGAUGGAGAUGUUGUUACUGUCGUCAUGAAAACUCCUGAACAAUUCGGAAAAAAGAAGUCUCUAAUUGCCAAAUUCGUUCCAGGACAUCAGCUUUCCAACGCACAGAAGUCUUCUGUAUUCCUGGAACUAAGUUCUUUGUCAGGAGCGAACUCAAAGAAAGAUAUAAUGUGUCAUUCAAUUACACUAUAUAAUGUUUUCGACCCAGAAGAAGACUUCUUCCAGAAGCAAUGGAGGAAGAAGAGGAGGAGGAAAUACAAGACUCAAUCCAAGAAGAGUCCUCCGAAUUCACACCAGAAGACUAACAAUUUUCCGAAUAAAAACUUCAUUUAUACUAAACAUCUUCAGGGCUAG